AUGGAUCCACCAGUGGGAAUUAGCUCAUCCAUUACAUCAUCCUCCCAACUGGAGGUGGUGCAGGAGGAAACAGUGGAACUAUCUCCCCCUGAAAUUUCUGUGUCUCCCAAACAUCACCAGUAUUAUGAAGGUGAAAAGGUACAGCUGAGUUGUACUGCUAAGAUAAAAGAGCAGGUGAACGGAUACAGAUUCUUUGACAAGAGUGGGUCUGUGAUGUCCCAGGUAAAUGUGAUUGGCUUUUGGAGCAGCUCGCUGUACGUCUCUGUUCAAAAGGAGAAAAAUGAAACUUUCAGCUGUGAAUACUGGAAGUGGAAUGCUAGCGAAGAGGUCCGAUCUCAGCGAAGCGAAGAGAUCACCUUGGAAGUGACAGAAGCACCCCAAAAACCAUCCCUCUCUCUGAAUCAAGCACUCCCGCGGUAUACGUGGGGAGACCAUGUAACUCUGGUGUGUUCCGCUCCACCUGGAGAGACCAACAUCACGGAAUUCCAGUACUUUGGAGACAGGCAGACCAUCCAGGCUUGGAAGUCCCCAAAAGAUACUAACACAACUGACAUGUACAACCUGAACAUCACAGCGCCAAAAGAUACAGGGAAUUUCAUGUGUGCCUAUAUCCAGUUUCGUUCUGGGCGAAAUGUCCGCUCUAAGAAGAGUGACCCUGUCUUCAUUGAGCCAGCAGGCAUCAGUUGGAUACGGAUAAUGGCCACUGGUGGGGCUUUCUUCACCAUCAAUGGUCUCAUCUUCUUAAUCACCCACUACUAUUUCCUACCAAAAGUCUCCCAAAGGAAUGAUUGUCAUCAACUAUUUCCUGUCCGUUCACAUUCUCAAUAUACUCCUAUCCAGCCAAAGUGAGAUCCCUCCAUUCAUUUAUCAAAUCCAGCUUGCACAUUAACUUUCUCCUGAGUCAACAGAAGUCGACUGGGACUCGACAACGCUUUACACACAUAUAGACACAAAGUCUUGCUGAAAAUGAAAUACAAAAAAAAGGGUCCUCGUCGCCUAGAGCAUGAAAUACUCACUUCAGACUUGUCUGAGGAUGCUGGUUCAUGGCUACAAACUUUCUGUAUCAUGGAUUUUUCUUAGAGGGAACUAAUACAUCAGUUGGCUAACCGUCAUCUCAAUUUUGGUUAAUGGAACAGACAAAGAAAUAACAGUAGCCAAAUUUGCUUCAGGGUACUGUAAAAAUAAAGAGAAAAAAAUUAUGACUAGGCCUGAAUUUUAAGGAUAUUAUGGAUUGUUUAAAUGGUAUUUUAGCUUUACUGGUUUUACUUGCAAUUGUAGCAUAGAAAUAGAAAUGUAAUCGUGAAUUUUAGGUUAACAAGGAACGAUUUUACCUUGUAUUGGUUUUAAUAACACUUGUAAUAUCCACCAGUCGGCUUUGUAUGUG